AAUGCUAGGUAGUUUUGACUAAUAUCUGGCUAAUGUUAGCAAGUUUAGGCUAAUAAUGGCCAGUUUAGGCUAAUGUUAGCUGAUUUGAACUAAUAUUAGCUGGUUGGGCCUAAUGUCAGCUAGUAUAGACUAAUGUUUCAGACUUAUAGUAGCUGGUUUAGGCUCAUGUUAACUGUUUUGGACCAAUGUUAGCUGGUUUAUGCCAAUAAUAGACUAGUGUCAGCUAGUUUAGGCUAAUGUUAGUGGGUUAUGUCUGAAUAUUUUUAGUAGUGGGAAACUGAAAACCAAGCUGAAAGAGUUGGAGGUUAAAUAGGAAAUGGGUGAUCACUUAAAGGUUUGUUGAAAUCAGAUGAAAGAAAAGCAGCAGUAGAACUCAGGGCUGUGUUUAAUAGUGGAAGAAAGAGCAUUUCACACCAUGGACAAUGUGAAGGGAACUCAAGGGACUGAACAGAAAACCACUGAUCAGGGAGGACAACCGGGAAAAAAGGCUCCAAUCUGCUAGGGAGCAGCACAAAGACUCUGGAGACAUGGGACGAGGUCAUGAGGUCUGAGGGGUCCAGACUGGACCUGGUCCAGAGUGAUGGGGGGCAUCAGGGGAAGAAGAGAGAGAUGAAGGGACCUCAUCAUUGCUAGACUUUUCUUAUUCUUUGGCCAGGCUGUGUAGCUUAAUAGAAGAGAGCUGGGAACAAUGAGUAUACCUGAACUUGUGACUCUGCAGGAAGUUCGGCUGCAUCGGAGCGACCUCACUGGCUGAGAACUGGCUGGAGGCGGAGUCAGAGUGACGGCGGGUGGGACUUCCUCUGAGCAGAGGACAAGAUGGCGCUGACAUGCUGCCCCGCCCCCUGCAGCUACGCCUGGCUCUGGUGUCUCCUGAUGAUGCUCUCAGCUCCUCCAGCUGCUCUCGGGGGCGACAAGACGGAGCCAUGCGGUGGGCGGGACUGUUCCACCUGUCAGUGUUUCCCAGCCAAAGGAGCGAGGGGUUUACCAGGUGCUCUGGGUCAGCAGGGCCCCCAGGGGGCCCCAGGACCACCGGGCGCUCAGGGGCCUCCAGGAGAGAAGGGUCAAAGAGGAGGUGAAGGGCCGACAGGAGCUGCAGGACUGAAAGGAGACAUGGGAAGUGUCGGCAUUGCUGGUUUUCCGGGUUUAGAUGGAGUUCCGGGUCACCCUGGACCUGGUGGAGGUCCUGGUUUACCUGGUCUGGAUGGAUGUAACGGAACCAGAGGAAACAAAGGAGACGUGGGACUUCCUGGAGAACAAGGAAUGGACGGAGAACCGGGUUUUCCAGGACUGAAAGGAUUUAAAGGAGAACCCUCAGCACGCUUCAUAAUGUUCAGAGGAAUAACUGGAGACGCUGGACCUGCUGGAAUACCUGGUCGACAGGGUGAACCAGGUCCCCAGGGGCCAAUGGGACCAAUGGGUCGUGUAGGACUGGACGGAACCAAUGGAGUCAACGGUCUGCCGGGUUCUAGGGGUCCACCUGGAGAAAGAGGUAGAUCUGUGCCAGGAUCUAAAGGAGACGAGGGGGAACAGGGCCCACAGGGGCCACCAGGGCCAUUUGAGUUUGUUGAGCGUCCAGAAGACCAGAACAUCAAAGGAGAAAAGGGUCUUCCAGGGAUUAAAGGAGCCUGCGGACCUCAAGGACCUCCAGGUAUAGAUGGGGCCCUCGGGUGCAAAGGAGAGAAGGGGAUUGUGGGAUUUCCUGGACCACGGGGGGCACCUGGUGGUUCCGGUCUGCCGGGAAAGAAAGGAUACAAGGGGAUCCCAGGAAGCCCAGGUCUCCCAGGUCUGAUUGGCCGAGAGGGUCUGAAGGGCAUGAUGGGAGAUCCUGGUCCUAAAGGCCUCCCUCAGAGUGCUGACGUCUUCCACACUGGUGAGGUCGGGGACCCCGGCGCCCCUGGACUCAGAGGUCCACCAGGAGAACGUGGGUUUAUGGGAUUUCAUGGCCCAAAGGGGGCCCCUGGAAGAUCAGUACUGGGACCUAAGGGCGUUCUGGGUCCAAGGGGAGCUCCAGGAUGCAAAGGGGAGAAAGGAGACCGUGGUCAAACACCUUUCUACAAAGCCAGACCUGGAGAACCUGGUAAACCAGGACCUCCUGGAUACCGGGGGCUUAAAGGAGAGCCGGGUGUUCCAGGUAAAUACUGUCUCAUCGGGGCCACAGGGCAGCCCGGAGAUCCUGGUGUACAGGGCCUCACGGGGCCCUCGGGCUUCCGGGGAAUUAAAGGUGAUAAAGGCGACUGUUCUUGUGGCCCCCCUGUGAUCCUGAAGGGCCCCCCUGGCCCAGUGGGUAUGAUGGGUUUACCAGGGAGCCCAGGAACCCCAGGGCCUCCAGGCUUCAGAGGAAAGCAAGGUAUACCCGGAGACAUGGGGUUAACAGGUGAACAGGGACGGGUAGGAUUUCCAGGUAACAAAGGGUUUAAAGGUCGUAAAGGGAGUUCCACACUGGUGGACAUUAAAGGUGAAAAGGGAAACCAGGGCCAGCCAGGUCUUGCAGGCGAACCAGGAUUCCCAGGAAUAACAGGAUUCACUGGUCCCCCAGGGGUUCCUGGAAACCCUGGCCCCAAGGGUGAGAGUUUCCCCAGUUCUCCUGGAAAUAGGGGCCCACCAGGACUUUCAGGACCUAAAGGAUUACUGGGACCUCCGGGGCCCCCGGGACCAGGCAUAGGGGGAGCAAGGGGAGAGCAGGGGCUCAAUGGUGAUGCAGGACCUGACGGAGAAACUGGCCCCCCAGGGCAGAAAGGUGCUAAAGGUGAAUUUCUUCCUUGUGUAUUUCCAAAACCUGGUCCCCCUGGAGAGAAGGGAGACCCUGGCGAUGCAGGGUUCACAGGCCCCCCGGGUUCACCGGGUUCUCCCGGCAUCACCGGACCUGAUGGAGUAAAAGGAGACCAAGGGCAGUAUGGACCUCCUGGUCUACCAGGGCAACAAGGACCUCCAGGUUUUGUUGGUGACCAUGGAGAAGAAGGACCGGAAGGGGUCAGUACUGAUGGAGAUCCAGGUAUUCAGGGGGUCCCAGGCUCUACUGGGCUACGGGGACCAACUGGGGACUUUGUUCGUGGGCCCUCAGGACCUAUCGGGUUUCCAGGGCCACUGGGUGCUCUGGGACCUAAAGGUACCCCAGGCCCCCCCGGCAUAGCUGGACCACCAGGUAUCCCGGGUCGGUCUGGAGCCUCUGGAGUAAAGGGCCAGAAAGGAGACGACGGGGCCGAAGGUUUAGUUGGUCCCCCAGGAAAAUCACCUCAGGAUUGUGAUCCAGGACUAUCGGGUUUACCUGGCCAUUAUGGCCCCCAGGGAUCCAUUGGACCCCCAGGAUGUGUGGGGGAGAAAGGAGAGGUCGGGGACCCUGGUCUACCAGGUUUUGGCCAACAAGGUCCUGUUGGUAGGCCUGGCUCUACAGGAGUCCCUGGCUUCCGGGGGCCUCCAGGCCCUUUUGGCCCCAUUGGACAUUCAGGGCCGCCAGGCUGCAAUGGCCAAAAAGGUCUGAUUGGGCCCCAGGGCUUGGAAGGAUGGCCAGGGGCCCCAGGACAGCCUGGGGCCCCUGGAACUCCUGGUAAUCCUGGGGAGAGAGGACUCAGUGGACGAGAUGGAGGUCCAGGAUGUCAAGGGGUCAAAGGAGAGAAAGGCUGUCUAGGGGCCCCAGGGCCUCCAGGAGAGACAAACUAUAUCCCCAUCAAAGGAGAGAGAGGACAACAAGGGCCCUCUGGCUUCCAAGGAUUUAUUGGACCACGAGGAAGGAAAGGUGCACAAGGACUUACAGGUCAGCCAGGGUUCCCAAGCAUCAGUGGACCGCCAGGAAUGGCAGGACCCAGAGGGCCCCAGGGACCCUGCGGCAAACCAGGACCCUCGGGACCACCCGGGUUUAAAGGGGUUGAAGGAUUCAUCGGCUUCCCUGGAGAGACUGGAGAUCUAGGUGACCCUGGGUGUCCGGGACCACCUGGACGCCCUGGACACAUAGGAUGGCCAGGACCCAAAGGUGAUCCAGGAGAAUCCAGAGUUUGCCCUGGUCCACCCGGAGACAAGGGCCCUCCGGGAGAUAACGGGUCCCCAGGAGCUUCUGGACAUCCAGGACAUCCUGGAGAACCGGGGUUCAUUGGGGCUCCAGGACAGAAAGGCUGCAAAGGAGAUCCAGGAUCCCAUGGAGUCCCGGGGCAACCAGGUGUGAUCGGUCCACCAGGUCCAGGAGGUCGACCAGGUAUUCCAGGCCACCCUGGUGUACCUGGGGCUGAUGGUCCACCAGGUCCACUGGGAAGCCCAGGACUCCCAGGUCCUCCUGGACCACUGGGACUUCAUGGACUCAACGGACUGAAAGGAGUGAAGGGCGACAGAGGAACCAGAGGUCUUAGUACACCCGGUCCUCCAGGAUGCAAAGGUCCUCCAGGAGAUAAGGGCCCAACAGGUACUCCAGGUCCGUGUGGUCCGUCUCAGCCUGGACCAAAGGGACCCAGGGGCCCCCAAGGACCCAAAGGACCUCCAGGUAGUUGUGGACCUCCCGGUAUACCUGGAGAAGACUGUAAAGGUCCAAUCCCGGGGUACUCAGGAGAUCCUGGAUAUCCUGGCCCAGAUGGACACCCAGGGGGUCCUGGUGAGAAGGGGAAUCCGGGAGUAAACCCUCCAAUUUGUGGUGAUGCUGGGGACAAUGGCGAUGGAGGCUGUCCAGGGGAGAAAGGACAAAAGGGACCUCCGGGGUGUGUUGGGCGGCCUGGGAACCCUGGAAACCCAGGGCAGAAAGGUAUGAGAGGGGACACUGGCCUGUUGGGAUUACCUGGUGCGCCUGGUUAUAAAGGACCUCCUGGUCCAGGUGGACCACCUGGACCAAAGGGAUGUCCUGGACCAGCAGGUCAAAAGGGGGACAAAGGAGAAGUCAAGGGCUCCUGUAAUAUUCCUCCAGCUCCACAGGGCCCUGUGGGACCACCUGGUCCACAAGGUCGACGUGGAGAUCCAGGCCUGGAGGGAGAACUUGGCAGGAGAGGGUCUGAGGGUCAGAAGGGGGAUCCAGGCCUUCAGGGAGAAUUAGGUCUAGAGGGACCCCCAGGUCCUUAUGGAUCUGUGGGAGAGAAAGGUCUGCCAGGGGAGAGUGGAGUAGUGGGACAAAAAGGUGAUCAAGGUUCACCCGGUGACCGUGGUCCUCCUGGAACAUCCAAGCGCAUGAACUCAGGCUUCCUGUUGGUGAUCCACAGCCAGUCGCCGAGGGUUCCCACCUGUCCACCCAACAUGAGGAAACUGUGGGACGGAUUCAGUCUGCUGUACCUAGAGGGUCAGGAGAAGGCCCACACUCAGGACCUGGGUCAGGCAGGCUCGUGCUUGCGCGUGUUUUCCACCAUGCCGUUUGCCUCCUGCAAUAUGGGAACCUGCUCAUACUCCAGUCGCAACGAUAAGUCCUACUGGCUCUCCACGGCGGUGCAGCCGCCCAUGGAGCCCGUGGAUGGUGCCUCCAUCCAAAGCCACGUCAGCCGCUGUGUGGUGUGCGAAUCGCCUUCCUCACCCGUCGCUCUGCACAGCCAGUCCUCCCAAGAGCCGGAGUGCCCCCCCCAGUGGAGGAGCCUGUGGAUCGGUUUCUCCUUCCUCAUGCAUACAGGUGCGGGGGACGAGGGCGGGGGCCAGUCUCUGACCUCAUCAGGUAGUUGUCUUCAGGAUUUCAGGGCCAAGCCCUUCGUGGAGUGUCAGGGGCCCCGAGGAACCUGCCACUACUUCUCCAACAUUUACAGCUUCUGGUUGACCAAAGUGGAGGCGAGCACCUCCUUCAACAGCUCCCCCAACACCAUGACCGAGGGCUCGACACAGAUGGCGAGCAUCGGGAGGUGCAACGUCUGCCUGAGAGAGUAAGGAGGAGCUCCACCUCCUCCUUGCAUGAAGGAGAGAGGAGACGCUUUACCUCCACCUGCAUGAGGUGGAGAAAGACUUCACCUCCUCCUCCUUCACUGGGGAGAAAGGAAGAGCACCAUCUCCCCAUGCAUGAGGGAGGUGAUAAGGAUGCUUCACCUCCUCCUCCUCCUCCUCCUCCUCCUCCUCCUCCUCCUGCGGUUAAAAACAAGGGGACACCUCCUUUCCACCAGCCAGCACUAUCAAGUGAGGAUAAGUUUCACCUCCAUCGAGGUGAGAGGAGGAGAGAGUCAUGACAAACUUGUGCUGCCAGUCAACCAGUCGGAGGAUCUUGGAUCGGUCCUGGAAUUUGAACCAGGUUUCAUUCAUCAAACAGUUACAGACAAAAAACUGAACCACUGUGGGAAUUUUUGUUACAACUUCUAGACAUUAAUACUAAUUUCAAAUAUUUUAUUUCCAUUUCUCUCCAAUUGAAACUAUUUAUUCUAAAAUCAGAUGUAAAGAUGGACCGAUCUCCACAGAGCAUGCUCAGUAGAGGCCUCUUCAGUGGAGGAGAUGACACCUCUUCUCCUCUUUGCAUCACAUUCAAAUAAUAAUAUUUUUUACUGGGGUUUUAUUAUUGUUAUUAUUAAACACAAAACAACAGCAGCACUUAAAUGUCUGAAACUGCAUCUAGAACAAAUGUUUAGAAACUGCUGGCGUAGGAGACGGACCUUUGACUAAUGAGCAGUUUGUUUAAUGGCUGCUCUUAUUUAAACCUCAACUCCCCUCCAGUCCCUCACAACUGAGGAAGUCAGAUGAACUCAGAUGAAACGUCUUCAAGAAACUCCACAACUUGCCUUUAAUAAUGUUUUUGGAUAAACCAUUACUUGGAUGACUGAGAACUUCCACAGACAAAAUACAAAGGACUGAGACUAGAACCCUGAGGAACGCCGUUAACUGAUUGCUCACUCUGUGACUGGGAUUUUUUUUUCUUUUUUUUUUUUUGCAUAUAAGCAAUUAUCUUCUACAGUCACAAAAGUUUAAAUAGAAAUUCUGUUUCACAAAAACUAAAAUACCUCUGCAUCAGUUGGAAAGUCCUCCAACCAAUCACAGCCAUUUAGUGGAAAACUAAUUCAACUCAACAUUUGCUGGCAACGAUCUGAUUGGCCUGGCUUUUCCCAACAGAGAGACUCCAGAUAAAAAAUAAAAGAUUUGUAGGUGCUGACUAUUGGUUGGUUCCAAACUAAAAGAGUCAUCAGUUACUUUGUUGAUCCCACUCUCAGUCAACAUCUUCAUCAGCUUCUGGUUGACCAAAGUGGAUGUGAGCACCUCCUUCAACAGCUCCCCCACCACCAUGACAGGGGGCUUGACACAGAUAGUGAGCAUCGAGGUGCAAGGUCUGCAUGAAAGACUAAGGAGCUUCACAAAUUUAUAGAAAGGCUCACUUUCUUGGCAGGGGAACAGAAACGUUGUGUCUGGUCCGCCCUCCGAGCUAAUUUAUUGGUCAUGUGCUCAGACUUUAAUAGUUUUACUUUAUAGUUUCAUUAGCCCAAUUGGAUAUUUUUUGGAAAACAAGAAGAAACAAUUUUAGCAGCACAUUGGUAUUUUUAUUGAUAUUGGAACAGUCAAAAGUCAAAAACAGGACCUGAUUCUGCUAUUAGGCCAUAAUUAGAUUCAGUUUAUAAAUCAACCCAUAAAACCCAGUAUUUAGGUUGUAACUUUAACCCUUUAUGGGACACUCAUUGAAAUACUUCUACAUUUCCACCCUAGAGUGUUUUUUUUACUUUUUUUCAAAUGUUUUUCAUUUUCCUGAGUUAAAUCCAGAUGAAUGAAUCUCAUA